UAUCUCUCUUUCUCUCUCUCUCUCUCUCUCUCUCUCUCUUACAUUUCAUUAAAUACCUCACUUCAGCUUUCAAACCCAGUAGCUCAUCUGAAUUCCUCGAAAUUUUAUUCAGAUAAUCAUUCUGCUCUCAAUACUCGUUUGGGCUCACCCUCCCAACCUAGCUCUCGCGAAUUCUAAUCGUUUGGCAUGGUUUUGAAAGAGACCUUAACAUUCGUGCUUGUGCUCGAGCUCGUGCACGCGCAUUUUGUGACGUAGGCGGGGAGAUUCGAGAUCAUCUCACUCUAACCACGAACCAGAUCCGCCCCAAUUCCCCCCUUUAUAAUCAUCUCCACCAAAUUACACCCUACUUCUCGCCCACUAGCCGUCAAUGCACGGCUACAGCCGCCUCGGCCGCCCCUCCACGCCAUCACCCCCCUCGUCGCCGCGCUUCCGCCACGGCCGCUCCAAGAAUGCAAUUGUCGGUGGCAGCACCGUCGGCGGCAGUUUUAAGGGAGGAGGAGGCGGGGAUGUGAAAUUGCAGAAUUUUGUGGAGCGGUUGGUGUACAUGGUAGUGGCGGGGGUGUAUAGGCGGCGAGGCGUGUUAUUAUUCGCGCCGUUGUUGUAUAUAUCGGGGAUGUUGCUGUAUAUGGGGAGUUUAGGGUUUGAUAUGGUCGUUGUUAGUGAUAGAGUUAGCGGUAAGGCGGCUCCGCUUGGGUCGGUGUAUCGGAGUCCUCAGGUUUUUGAGAGGCUCUGGCCGUUCAUGGAGGCUGAAAACAACGGAAGCUCCUCCAAUGCGUUAAUGCAUGCGUGGAAUCCAAGGCUCCGCCAAGUUUGGAAGCCGUGUCUUAAUCAUAGCUUUUCUGAAGCAGGGAAAAAGUCAAAUGGUUUCCUUAUAAUUGAAGCAAAUGGUGGUUUGAACCAACAACGAUUAUCUAUAUCGGAUGCGGUUGCUGUGGCUGAACUUCUAAACGCGACUCUUGUUAUUCCAAUAUUUCAUUUAAACAGUGUUUGGCGGGAUUCCAGCAAGUUUGGGGACAUAUUUGAUGAGGAAUUCUUCAUUUAUGCGCUAAGAAAUCAUGUGAAUGUGAUCAAAGAGCUCCCAGAAGAUACACUAGAGCGUUUCAACUACAAUAUUAGCAGCAUCGUGAACUUGAGAGUAAAAGCUUGGUCAAGUCCAGCCUACUAUCUUCAAAAGGUCCUUCCAAAACUGGUAGAGAUGGGGGCUGUGCGGAUUGCACCUUUCUCCAACAGAUUGGCUCAUGCAGUUCCAUCAAAUAUUCAAGGUAUUAGAUGUUUGGCCAAUUUUGAAGCGCUCAGGUUUUCAGAGCCCAUACGAAUUCUUGCAGCAAAGAUGGUUGACCGGAUGGUUAGGAAUAGCUCCAAGAGUGGUGGAAAGUAUGUUUCAGUGCAUCUCCGGUUUGAAGAGGAUAUGGUGGCAUUCUCAUGCUGUGAGUAUGAUGGUGGUGAGGAAGAAAAGCGUGAAAUGGACAUUGCUCGUGAAAGAAGUUGGAGAGGAAAGUUCCGUAGGAGGGGUCGAAUAAUUAGGCCUGGUGCAAUUCGGAUGGAUGGUAAAUGCCCAUUGACUCCCUUGGAGGUGGGAAUGAUGCUUAGGGGCAUGGGUUUUGAUAAUACCACCUCUCUUUAUGUUGCUGCGGGGAAAAUUUAUAAAGCUGAGAAGUAUAUGGCACCACUUAAAAAAAUCUUUCCACGUUUAGAAACAAAGGAUACACUAGCGUCCCCAGAAGAACUUGCUCCAUUUCAGGGCCACUCGUCUAGGUUGGCUGCUCUUGAUUAUACAGUUUGCCUUCACAGUGAAGUCUUUGUCACAACUCAAGGGGGGAACUUCCCCCACUUCUUGAUGGGUCAUAGGCGCUACUUGUAUGGAGGGCAUUCUAAAACCAUCAAUCCUGAUAAGAGAAAACUAGCACUAUUAUUUGAUAGCCCUGAUAUCAGAUGGGAGACCUUCAAGCGGCAAUUGCAAGAAAUGCUUCAUCACAGUGAUGUAAAAGCAAGUGAAUUGAGAAAACCCAGCGGCUCGCUCUACACGCACCCAAUGCCAGAUUGCAUGUGUAAACAGGCAGAUGUCAGAAAUGAGGCUGAUUUAACACGGUAAAACAAACUUGAACUUCGAUUAUACAAAUCGUCUUUAGGUCUCCCGCGCAUUUAUACGUCCAAGUGUAUGUAGCUAUUUAAAUGCGCUUGACAAUCCAUUCUAUUCAUUUGUAUUGGAGAGGGAAGUUUCACGGGUUUUGAUUCUUGCAGAUUCAUAUAGUUAACUGUAAUUUGUAGUGGCAGGAUUCUAUAUUCUUUGUAUGUAGAAACGGUGGCUAGUGGAUACCCACAAUAGAUCAAA